AUGCUGCGUUGCUUGUCGGCGCUUUUUAGCUGUGCUGUUUUCGAAAUUUCCACCGCCAAACAGAUUGCACGCCACAAAGCCAGCCCCAACGGCACGGAUAUCUUCAACGCUGAUGUCAGCCUCGCCAUCAAGGUCGGCCUUACCGAAAAGCCAGUUCGCAGGGGUCACUCGGUCAGUUUCUCGAAGAUUUGUGACGGGCAUCUGUCCGCGGACAGCUUAGCACCGCGCGUGCGCAACCCCAGGCCAGGCACCUAUGAACUGACGGACAAGGGCCAUGCGCUGCGUAUCGACAUCGAGAAACUGAGAGCAUGGAAAUCGGCACACCCAAAGGAGCCCGACCGCCGACCGUACACCUGGGAUGUUGGCAUGGAGCCCGGCGGCACGAGGGGCGCGUUGCAUAUCCUCGAAAAGUUGAACAGUGAACAAUAUCUCUCGGAAGACAAUGAAGGG